AGAAAAGAAAAUGCAGAAAACGAAAAAGAAAAGAAAAUUUGAAUUUUAAAGCUAGAAUAUAUAAAUGGGCCGGGUAUGGGUAAGCCCAUUGGGCCCAACCUUUGUGUUCCCCUCGAGUGAGCGCGUGAAAGCCACGCGCCUUCUUUCCGCUCGACGUUCGUGCAGGCAAACCCCUGCUAGAACCCUUGACCCUUCAUAGAAUAGGGACGAAGGAAUUUGAGGAGAUGGGUAAGAUUCCACCGUCGUUUCGGCCUUCAUUGACGAGGAAAUUGGUGAGGAAACCUGUCUCUGCUUCAGGGCUUGAAUCUCCGGCGCCGCCGCUGUGUUUUCCCAGGAAAACCGCCGGGAGAGAAUCCGUCAAAAGUUCCCGGAAAAUCCAGGGACCCGGAGAGUCCUUGAAGAAUCCGUUCAACUCCCCUGAUCUCUCGGAACAAGGCCCGUCCGUCUAAGUUGAUGGAGAGAACAGAGAUAAUGUUAUCUCCACCGAUUACACUCAGAGAGGAAAAAGGUGGAAACUUUUUAACACUAAGUAGCCAAGUGCAGAGUAUUGUGAUCUUUUCAGCUAAAUUACAUUGCAAAUCAUUGCGGGGAAGACAGAGGACAAAAUCCUGCUGCGGCAUCAUGAAGAAGAUUUACAGAUACAAGUGGUCAAAACGCUGGUAUUAAUCUAUUCUCUCGACCCCCCCAAUCAUUUGGCUAAGAAAUUCUUGUUUAUUUGUUCUGUCCGGUCAUGUUUUGAUAUUCUAUAUUACACAUUUGUCUCCUUGUCUGCCCUAAACAAUAAUAUACACAUGCAUGAUGGGACGCUACGGAAAAUACUGACAUGGAAUAAAAAUGAGAUUCUUGUAAAACAAACGUACAAUUGUUUUUGUACAUGCUGCAGCCCUAGAUUCUUGGACCUGUUGCCUCCUUGCGUAAUUCUGUAUUAACGUUUUAUUAUCCUUUGUAAAGUUUCUCCGAGUUGGCUUGUUUUGUCCAGAUUAGCCAACGAUGCGGAAUAACACAUGAGAGAGAGAGAGCAAGGGAGACAAGAUAAUCCGACCAUCAACAACAAUAAUAAUAAUAAUAAUCAGAGGCUCUACGUUGCCGGCUUCAUGACCGCGGGAGUUAAUUAAUUAAACAAGAGGACAAUGCUAAAAGAUGGUACCAGCUAGGUCUAUCAGCUUGCCGACCAGGCUGAUCCACCCAAAAGCUCAAAGGGUCGAAGAAGAGAUGAAAAAGCUUCAAGCUUUAGAAUCAUCUCCGUCAGAUGCUUCACGGGUCCUACUUGGGCUAGCACGGCUCGUGGAGCUCUACGACUUUGUGAAUGAACAAGUCAUACUUUCUCCGCAGAGCCGACAAGCCCUUAACUUACCCUGUCAUGCAGAGCUCAUGCAAAACUCUCUUGAUGAAUCCAUCUUGCUACUAGAUGUAUGUGACAUUGCAAGAGACUUGGUCGGAACGUUCAAGGAGCAAGUACAAGAUCUUCAAUCCGCUCUUCGUAGACGUGGAGGAGAUUUCUCCAGCAUCGAGGCCAGCAUCCGUUCUUACAUUACAUUUCAGAAGAAGCACAAGAAAGCUGCGUCCAGACAACUCAGCUCCCUUGUAAGAAUGCAGACAAGAAAGGACAAGAGACCGAGUUUGGUGAACUUUUCCGAGGUGGAUCAACACACAUCAAUGGUUUCCAACAUACUGAAGCAAUCGAACGCAUCGACCGUCUCUGUUUUCGGGUCGCUCUUGGAGUCGUUUCUCUCUUUGCAGGCCGAGAAAACGGAGGGGGAGAAGGGGAGAAGGUCGUUGCUCGGAAAACUGAUGUCGGGUUUAGUUGGGAAAGAGAAGAGACGAGAGAGGUUAGGAGAUGAAGAAGUGAAAAGGAUGGUUAGAAGAUUAGGGGAGCUGAAUCUGAGCCUUGUAGCAAUUCAUGAAGAGCUGAGUUGCUUGUCGAGACGGCUUAUCCAACAUAGGGUGUCCCUCUUGAACAUUGUCUCCACUUAGAACACAUUCUGUUGUAGACAAAUGCCCCCCUCAAGUUUUUGUAGGUUUGCAAUUUUUUUUUAGAAUAUGAUUGAGUUUUUAUAUAAUGCCUCCUU